CUGGCUGCUGAAACCUUCUUGCCCCGGUCAACCAUCGAUCUAUAGCUGCCUCUGAAUUCCACGUUUCCGUCUCCCUCUCGAAUAAUAUAUAUAUAGCGGAGUCGAUUCCAGCUAGUUCUUCGCACCACUGAUCAAGAGCACACGAGUAAAGUAAUUAACCAAGAUUGGCAAGAAACAGUCGAUCGAGCAAUGGCGCUCGCGAGCUGGAUCAGGGCAGCCUCCGUCACGGCCCUGGCGGCCCUGGUCUGCCUCGCCGGGCCGGCGGCGGCGGCGGGGAACAAGACCGGGCAGGUGACCGUGUUCUGGGGCCGGAACAAGGACGAGGGCACGCUCCGGGAGGCCUGCGACUCCGGCCUCUACACCAUGGUCAUCAUGUCCUUCCUCGACGUCUACGGCCACGGCCGGUACCACCUCGACCUGUCCGGCCACCCCCUCGCCGGCCUCGGCGACGACAUCAAGCACUGCCAGUACAAGGGCGUCCCGGUGUCGCUCUCCGUCGGCGGCUUCGGCUCGGGCUACUCGCUCCCGUCCGAGCAGGCGGCGCUCGACCUCUUCGACCACCUCUGGAACGCCUACUUCGGCGGCCGCAAGCCGGGCGUCCACCGCCCCUUCGGCGACGCGUGGCUGGACGGCGUGGACCUCUUCCUGGAGCGCGGCACGGCGGCGGACCGCUACGACGUGCUGGCGCUGGAGCUCGCCAAGCACAACAUCCGCGGCGGGCCCGGGAAGCCGCUGCACCUGACGGCGACGCCGCGGUGCGCGUUCCCGCCGGCGGGGUACCUGAAGCGCGCGGUGGACACGGGGAUCUUCGAGCGGGUCCACGUCAGGAUCUACGACGACCCCGACUGCGAGGCGUACUGGCACCUGCGGUGGGACGAGUGGACGGCGGCGUAUCCGGCGACGAGGUUCUACGUCGGGAUGACGGCGUCGGUGAUGACGCACGGGUGGGUGCACCCCAAGAACGUCUACUACGACGUCGCGCCGUCGGCGCAGAAGGCCGACAACUACGGGGGGUUCAUGAUCUGGGACCGCUACUACGACAAGCUCACCAACUACACAAGCAUCGUCAAGUACUACGCUUGAUCUGGAGCUUCAGCUUCAGCUUGAUCUGUCCUGUCCAUCCAUCUAUACAGUCAUCAUGCACUGUCCUAGUGUGUAGUUAUGUACUCCUAUCCUAUGUGUGUGUGCAAGAAAGAAUAAAGUGAAGAAUAAACAGCUGAUUGUGUAUCCAGGUCUGCUCUGACCUGGUUGGUUUGAAGUCUGAACAUUACAUGCUCCAACACUUUUUUUGUCA